GCAGGAGUGCCGGCGUUCGCCAGCCGAGGCAGCACCGCUCCGCGGACUUUUUUUCAAACUCCUCUCAUCAAUGAGACUUCUAGGAGGAGCGGGAGGCGGCGGCGGCGGCUACAGAGGACGCGGAGGAAGGCGAGGAGGAGCCAGGGGAAGGAGCGUGGGCCGCGCGUCGCAUCGCAGCCGCCCAGAGCUGCUGGCUCCGCGUCCUUAGGGACUGCCGGGGUCCCCCGCCCGCCUUGGUGCCCUCCUCUGCCUGCUCAGCCCCGCCCCGGCGGCCUGAGCCCCGGCACUCAGCAGCCCCGCGCCAGCCAAGUUGGGAUGGGGCCCUGCAACCACUGCCCGGCGCCCGAGAGGCCACCUGCGUGCUAGAGGCAAACUUUUGUCUCCUCGGGUCUACCACCCAAGAGUAUGAGCCGCUGAGAUGGAGACAUCUGUCCCAGCCGCUGCAGUGGAGAAGAAAGGAGCCAAGGGCGGCCUCUUGGAGGACGGCAGCUUCCUGGAUCCGGGGAAAAAGGCUUGUCCUCUGGCCGUGGCCGCAGCAGCGGCAGCUGUAGCUGCCCAAGGAGUUCCUCAGCAGCUCCUGCCGCCUUUCCACGCGCCUUUGCCGAUUGACAUGCGGCACCAGGAGGGACGGUACCAUUACGAUCCUCACUCAGUCCACGGUGUACACGGGCCUCCCACCCUGAGUGGCAGCCCUGUCAUCUCAGAUAUCUCCUUGAUCCGACUUUCUCCACACCCCGCCGGCCCCGGGGAGUCCCCCUUCGGUGCGCACCACCCCUACGUGAACCCCCAUAUGGAGCACUACCUCCGGUCUGUACACAGCAGCCCCACACUCUCAAUGAUCUCUGCAGCCAGGGGCCUCAGCCCUGCUGAUGUGGCCCACGAGCAUCUGAAAGAGAGAGGGCUCUUUGGUCUUGCUGCCCCGGCUGCCAACCCUUCAGACUAUUACCACCAGAUGACCCUCAUGGCAAGCCACCCUACACCUUAUGGGGACCUGCUAAUGCAGAGUGGAGGUGCCGCCAGCGCACCCCAUCUCCAUGACUACCUCAAUCCUGUGGAUGGUGAGUCGCCGAGGGAGCACGGAGGGGAAAUGGUGUGGGGCGAGGGUGACUGGCUGGCUGGCACAAAAAGCAGUCACUCAGUCCCUCUGGAGGCAAGAGACACAAGUGGAAGUCCACACUGCACCCCAACACUGUCGACGCUGCUGCCAUGGGGGCUGAGGCUGGGUGGCCAAGAGCCCUGUGUGUCCGACAGUCAGCGGCACUGUGCUGAUGAACAGCUGGCCAAUCUCAAGGAAGACCUGGACAGGGAUGACUGUAAGCAGGAGGCCGAGGUGGUCAUCUACGAGACCAACUGCCACUGGGCAGACUGUACAAAGGAGUACGACACGCAGGAGCAGCUGGUGCAUCAUAUCAACAACGAGCACAUUCACGGGGAGAAGAAGGAGUUUGUGUGCCGCUGGCAGGCCUGCACGCGGGAGCAGAAGCCCUUCAAGGCGCAGUACAUGCUGGUUGUCCACAUGCGCAGGCACACGGGUGAGAAGCCGCACAAGUGCACGUUCGAGGGUUGCUCCAAGGCCUACUCUCGCCUGGAAAACCUGAAGACACACCUGCGGUCCCACACCGGGGAGAAGCCAUACGUGUGUGAACAUGAGGGCUGCAACAAGGCCUUCUCCAACGCUUCGGACCGCGCCAAACACCAGAACCGCACUCACUCCAAUGAGAAACCCUACAUCUGCAAGAUCCCAGGCUGCACCAAGAGGUACACAGACCCCAGCUCUCUCCGCAAGCAUGUGAAGACGGUCCAUGGGCCAGAUGCCCAUGUCACCAAGAAGCAACGCAAUGAUGUACACCUCCGUGCUCCGCUGCUCAAGGAGAAUGGGGACAAUGAGGCCAGCGCUGAGCCAGGUGGCCGGGGGUCUGAGGACGGUGUGGAGGACAGCAGCACCAGCCACACUGUGGAGGAUUGCCUACACAUCAAAGCCAUCAAGACAGAGAGCUCUGGGCUGUGUCAAUCCAGCCCCGGGGCCCAGUCAUCCUGCAGCAGCGAGCCCUCUCCCCUGGGCAGUGCCCCCAACAAUGACAGUGGCGUGGAGAUGCCGGGGACAGGGCCCGGGAGUCUGGGAGACCUGACAGCACUGGAUGACCCAUCUCCAGGAGCUGACACCUCAGCCUUGGCCGCCCCCUCCACUGGCGGCCUGCAGCUGCGCAAACACAUGACCACCGUGCAUCGCUUUGAGCAGCUGAAGAGAGAAAAACUCAAGUCACUCAAGGAUUCCUGCUCGUGGGCCGGCCCAGCUCCGCACACCCGCAACACCAAGCUGCCUCCCCUCCCAGCAAAUGGUUCUGUUCUGGAAAGCUUCAACGGCACUGGGGGCGGUGGGCCAGCGGGGCUGCUGCCCAGCCAGCGGCUGCCAGAGCUGACCGAGGUAACCAUGCUGAGCCAGCUGCAGGAAAGAAGGGACAGCUCCACCAGCACCGUGAGCUCGGCCUACACCGUGAGCCGCCGCUCCUCUGGCAUCUCCCCGUACUUCUCCAGCCGGCGCUCCAGUGAGGCCUCACCGCUGGGUGCCGGCCGCCCGCACAAUGCCAGCUCAGCAGACUCCUACGACCCCAUCUCCACAGAUGCCUCCCGGCGCUCCAGCGAGGCCAGCCAGUGCAGCGGUGGUGGCCCGGGGCUGCUCAACCUCACGCCUGCGCAGCAGUACAGCCUGCGUGCCAAGUACGCGGCGGCCACCGGCGGACCGCCACCCACCCCGCUGCCCGGCCUGGAGCGCGUAAGCCUUCGCACCCGCCUGGCGCUGCUGGAUGCUCCCGAACGCGCACUGCCCGGCGCCUGCCCACAUCCACUGGGGCCACGCCGGGGCAGCGAUGGGCCUGCCUAUGGCCACAGCCAUGGCUACGUAGGUGCGGCUCCUGCCUUCCCGCACGAGGGGCCAGGCGGCAACAUGCGCAGGGCCAGCGAUCCGGUGCGGCGACCCGACCCCCUCAUUCUGCCUCGAGUGCAGCGUUUCCACAGUACCCAUAACAUGAAUCCGGGUUCCCUGCCACCCUGCACUGAUCGGCGAGGCCUGCACCUACAGGGCCACCCUAGUGUGGAUAGCAGCCUGACCCGCAGCACCUACUCCCCGAGACCCCCUAGCAUCAGCGAGAACGUGAUGAUGGAGGCCAUGGCUGCUGGAGUAGAUGGUACAGGGUUCGAGUCUGACCUGGGGCUGGUGGAAGAUGAGCUGGUGCUGCCGGAUGAUGUGGUACAGUACAUCAAGGCCCACACCAGUGGUACUUUGGAUGACAGCGCCCGGCAGGGGUAUCCUACAGAAAGCACUGGUUUCCCUGAGAACGCUAAACUGCCCAGUCCUGGGCUGCAAGGCCACCGUAGGCUAGCGGCGGCCGACUCCAAUGUGGGCCCUUCUGCUCCUGGACUGGGGGGCUGCCAGGUGAAUUACAGCCCCUCCUCCAACCUCAACAAGAGCAACAUGCCUGUGCAGUGGAAUGAGGUGAGCUCUGGCACCAUGGAUGCCCUGCCCAGUCAGGUGAAGCCACCUCCUUUUCCUCACAGCAACCUGGCUGUGGUUCAGCAGAAGCCAGCCUUUGGCCAGUACUCAGGAUAUAGUCCUCAAGCCCUGCAGGCCAGCUCCGGAGGUCUAGACAGCACCCAGCCACACCCACAGCUUCGUGGCGCCCCCUCUGCACCCAGAGGGAGCUACACGCAUCAGCCUCGGCAGCCGGCCACAGGUGGCCAGUGCCUGAGUGUGAGUGCCGCCAUGAGCCCUCAGGCCAACUACAGCCAAGCCCACGCCCAGCUGAGCCCAAACCUUGUCAGUGGGCCCCUGAGCCAAUUCUCUCCCUCCUGCGGCAACAUGACAGCCAAGCCCAGCCACCUGGGGCUCCCACCACAGAUGGAAGUCGUCCCCAACGCCACCAUGAUGAGUGGCCAUCAGCGGGAGCUUGGGAUUGCCAAUUCAUCCCUGGCUGGGGUGUCACAAGCUCAGGCAGCCCUGAGCUAUCCCCAGCAGGAAGGCUACCAACAGGGUCCCAGCCUUGUCCCAUCCCAUCAGCCUAGUUUCAUGGAGCCCCAGCAGAGCACAGGCUUUGGCCUCAUGCAGCCUCGGCCGCCCCUUGAGCCCAGCACGGCUAGCCGUCACCGUGGAGUACGCGCCGGGCAACAGCAGUUGUAUGCCAGGACCGCGGGCCAAGCCAUGGUCACACCGGCCAACCAAGAGACAGCAGAAGCUAUGCCCAAGGGAACAGCCGGGACCAUGGUCUCCCUGGCUCCUCAGUCUUCUCAGGACACAGGGCGGUCACAGGACCAGAACACGCUCUACUACUAUGGCCAGAUCCACAUGUAUGAACAGAAUGAAGGCUGCCCAGCCAUGCAGCCCCAGCCACCACAACCACAAACAUGCUCCGACAGUGUCCAGCCUCAGCCUCUGCCUUCACCAGGGGUCAACCAGGUGUCCAGCACUGUGGACUCCCAGCUCCUGGAGGCCCCCCAGAUUGACUUUGACGCCAUCAUGGAUGAUGGCGAUCACUCAAGUUUGUUCUCCGGUGCACUGAGCCCCACCCUCCUCCACAAUCUCUCCCAGAAUUCCUCACGCCUCACCACACCCCGGAAUUCCCUGACACUGCCCUCCAUCCCUGCGGGCAUCAGCAACAUGGCUGUGGGGGACAUGAGCUCCAUGCUCACCAGCCUGGCUGAAGAGAACAAGUUUUUAAAUAUGAUGACCUAAAGGCUCCUGGGACGGAGCGGACCUGAGCAACCUCAGCUUCUUGGAACAUCAGAGUCUAACCGCUUCUCUUUGUUGGAAAAAGUGUUAAUCAGGCCUGAGAGGGCUUGGGCAACGGCUGGUUCAGACUCGCAAAUGUUUUAAGAAAAGAUUUAGGGACGCCCUCAUCCCUGUCUGGCCUGUUUUUCGGAACACUCAAAAAGUCUUGUUCAGAAAGCAACUCGUUUACACAAUACUUGCCAGCCUUUGGUGUUUAUGGGACUACUCAGUUCUGGCUUCUUGGCCUCUGUCAUUCUGCUAAUGGGAGAGUACUUUGGCCAAGGAUUUCUAAGUACAUGCCCAAAGAGGGGAGAGGAACCACAUCUGGGUUUGAAUCUGAGAGCACGCUGGAUCCUCUGCUCUGAGAAGGCUUUGCCUCUCUGCCACCUGCAGCGGGAGUGGGUUGCUGCCUCUCCGAGAUUCUUCCGUGAAGCUCGCCAAGGUUGCUUGCCAGAGGAGAAAGGUGCAUCCCCCGGGAUAUUAGGGACUUGUCUCAAUUACUGCUAGCAUCUCCAUCCCCUUAGGCACAGUAGGACCUGCGGAUUUCCGGAGUGGAGAAGAACUAAUAAAACAUGCAUCUCGAGGAAAUAAACUGUGCUACCUGGGGCAAGCCCAGAAACUACCCAGGGGCCUCUCCUGAUCUGUUUACAGUGUUCUGAAGUGUACGGAGGAGCCCCUCCUGGGAAGAACGCUUGUAUCUAAAUUCCUCGGGUUGUUGUGGGCUAGGGAUGGACCAAGGUGAAAGAGGCCUUCCCUGGAAAAAGCAAGUCGCAUGUUUACCCAGUCCUGUUACUCCUGUGCACUACCACCCUCCCGUGGAAAAUUCUAGGGCUCCUCCACACCGUGCUGGGUGGCCAGCUGUCCUCGCCUAACCACCGCAUGCAGGCCCAGUGCUUUCUGAUCCCCUGACCUCUGCCCUCCUCUCCAGGUUAUUCGGCAUGGACCGAUGACAUGCAUGGUGUUUGUGGUCGGGUGGGAGGGUGAGGGACUGAUUCUUGGACUUUGAGGAACUAUGGAAUGAAUUUUCUUGUUCAGUAUGGCCUGGCCCCAAAUAAGAAAGGGCGUGUGGAAAUUGACUCCAAAAAGAACCAGUCCAGAGCAUGCUGCAGGGUGAGCCCACGCCUCCUCCCCACCACACACAUGCGCACACCCCGUCUGAAACGUCUCCCUUUGAAUUUCACAGAAACUUUGCCAAACCAAACCUCGCCACUCAGAGCUUCCUUCUGGGCAUGACUCUGGCUCCAGUGAGGAACUUCUUAGAGCCUGGACCUUCCGGGUCCGAGGACAGCAAACUUCUCUGUUUACAAUCCAGAGACAAGACCAACUCCCAGUGGCAGCUCUGGGCCACGCCCGCGGGUCUGUGGCUCCAGUGGUGUGGCCCACUGCCUGACACAGACCCCCCAACUUCUCAGUCUCUGUCUCUAUCUCUUCUGUGUAUAGCCAUCGCCGUCCCUGAAUACACUGUGGGUGAGUCGUCCAGCCAAAUUUAUAUUGCCAAACAUUUUUAGCUUUUUCUACAUGCUAUAAAUUGAGAUGACAUGCUCAACUUGUAAAUAAGUCUUUUUUGUACAUUAAAAAUAAUUUUUUCAUAAUU